AUGGCUGGCCGCUUAUGCCACCAAGCCACCUUCAUUGAUGUGAAGAGGGUGCCAAUGAUGGCGCGAUCCAAGAGCUGGCCAGUCUUGCAGCCACCCAAAGAGGAUGUAGAUCUCGAGGACUUUGUGUCAGUUUCUAGUGCAAUUUGGGACUCAUCUUGGAUAAGAUUAUCAUAUUGCUACAAGAGUGUGGGUUUGCUGCCCAAGCCACAAGGUGCAAGUUUGCUUGGGGGGCGGACUGGUAUAGAGACAGGCUUCCCAAGUGUCACCGGCGAAAGGUCCAUCGGGUUUGGUUCGCAGCUUCAUCAACACAUGAUCCACGCGAAGAGAGAACUUGGCACCCAAAUCCAACGAUACUACGCAACGGCACCAUCGCAACUUCACCUACAAGCCAGAACGAGCAAACCUGCGACAGCGAGUAUAUGGAUGUCUUGGAGCAACGUGCCAGCCGUCCUACCUUCAUCCAUGGCCUCAACUACUUGGCUGUGCAAUCGAACCGGUCAAGGCCCAUCAGAGGUGAACAUUUGA